AUGAAUAUAUCUUAUUUAUUGGUAUGUGUGACUCUAUUUUCAAAAAUAUGUAAACAGUCAUAUUCACUCACUAUUUCGAGCCACCUGGGAGCUGAAAAUGGCUAUAUAGACUCCGAGGAGGACGAUUUGGAAGAACUUAAUCCCGAACAUGUCCUCUUGGAUCAAGAUAUCGAGGAAAUGUUGUCAAAUAAUUCCAACGAUGAGUACGACCGAGGCUGUCCUGGCCUAGAUUACCUGGGAGUGGGUUACGAUUCCAUAUAUGCCAACUCUAUGGGAGGUGACGCGUCAAUAUUGGAUCCGGGGUACAGAGCUCCAAUAAUAGAGUUCACCUGGAGAAAAAACUCAGAAGGAUUUUCACCAACUUUAGGAUCCCUGCACCCAGUUGGUGGCUGGGUUAGACCGAUAAACGAAAUAAGCAAUUUGGACGAUCUCAAGGAUUCGUUAUCGGCAAACGCUAAAUUAAACGGCGACAUACCAAACAACUCAUUUACGGGCUCGUUGGAAUAUAAAAAUUCAUUUUCGAAAUUCAAGUCUAAGAGCCAGAGGGUAUACAAUAAAAUUGAACAGUGCAUACGAUAUCAAGUGGGAAUACCCCUGAAUCUACCAUGGAAAUUUACUGAGUCGUUCGAGUUCUCAGUGUCGAAGCUGCCAGUGCUGAAAUAUAGUGAAAUUAAAGGUUGCAAUAUUUUGGAUAAAUCAUCCGGUUCUAACGAGAAGUGCGAUCCCAUUAAACCAUGGAUUAAGUUUUUUGAAAUGUUUGGAACACAUUUUAACCACCAACUAACGCUGGGAGGUAAAAUAACUCAGACUAUGCGAUUUGACGCGUCUAAGCUCAAGGAUUUGAGGGAACACGGAGUGGAUGUGGAUAUUGCUAUACAAACGUCACUUGGUUCAUCAGAAGGCAACUUAUCAGCCAGCGCCAGCAAGGAUAAGUCAAAGCUGGACGAAAUAGGGUUUAAGAAAAUAUCAGUUUUAGGUGGUCAUAUGCCUAAUUUCCCUCUUGACGAUGAAGAGUUUGCAAGCUGGGCAGAAAGCGUUUCAGAGAACCCAAUGCCAAUAGGAGUAGUGGCGACAAGCCUGAAAACGCUGCUCGACCCUAAGUUACACUCGUCAUAUGACGAGGCUCUGCACCAAUACGGUAUUCUAAAUGGAAUAAACUAUGAACAGCUUAAGGUGAUAAGCGGCGACGUGACAGAAUUUUCAAAAGAGAUUGAAAAUUCAACAAACAUUGUUUCAUUAAGUCGAGAAAAUAAAUUCAAAUGUCCUGAAGGCUCAAAGAUUUUAUCUGGAGUUUCACUCAUUUUCGGAGAAAAUAAGUUGCUGGGUGUCAACUAUUGCGAGUCCAAAGUAGAUCUUGAAAAUUUAUCUACUCUUAGGAAUGAAUGCAUGAUUCCCACUUACGAUGACGUCAAAUAUUCGUGGAACUGGAUUAGUUGUACCAGCGGAUUACAACCUGGUGUUGAGCAAUUCGUAAAAAUCUCAGAAGACAACGAAACUUUCGUCGAGCUAAAGUGCCCUGAACAUUCCACGAUUCAAAUGGGAUUAAUUGUGGUUACAAACAACGGCGAGAUCACGGCCAUGAACGGAUGCGAAUAUGGGAAAAAAUCAUGUUUGUAUCAUCUAAAGGGAGAGGAAACUGCAUACAUUUGGGGAGUUUGCUACUCUUACCACGAAAAGUUGAACAAAUUACAACUCAAAUUUUCAACUCCGGAAAGUCCUGAUGAAGAUAAGAUUUCCUGCUCAGAAGGGUACAAGAUUAUCACAGGUAACGGAUUCAUGACCAAAUUGCCUAAAAAGGAUAGCUCGAAGUUUGAUGACCCUGAAGCUUGCGAUAAGUACGGCACCAGCUGCAAGUUUAAGGACAGCAAUAACCCCUUCGGGUUCAUACUGUGCAAGUCAUAA